AUGGGAUACAUUGCGCGAACAAAUGACCUCCCCGACAUUGCUCGUAAGGGUGGUCUCGUCGACCCUCGAGCUGAGGACCAACCUCUCUUCUUCGAGCGCAUGUCCUGUCGGGAUGUCAACGAGUUCGUCUCCAACCUUGCCAAUACCUCUCCCUUGAGACCAGGAACCCAAAGCGUUGCCAUUAAGCCCACUAGCUUGGGCAUGCGGUUGCGCGAGCCUGCCAUCCAGAGCCAGGCCAAUAUCGACGAGUUCCGCGCACGGUCUGAGGAGAUCAAGCAGCGUAUGCCAGUCAGGAACCCCAAGCAGCCCAUUUCUGACCUGGUACCGGACCUGGUUGUCACCGGUGGUCUCAGUCGCUCGCCUGCUUUUGAUUGUCUUCCUGUCUUCUCCCACUGGGCUGACCGCACGGGCGAGCUCUCAGCUACUGACCCUGAUGCUACCGUCCGGCUUACCUCUACCUGGGGUACAGCCCAGGUCGCGGCCGAGGGAGUAAACAUGGACUCCCCUCGGGGAGCUCACGCCUGGUCACUCAAAUCUCACGGCGUUGGCCCUGCCGAGCCCGGAGCAAGCAAGUUCUCUCAGCAGUACGACGCUGAAACCGACACCCUCACGACAACCGUUAACGUGGCACGCCGCCAGGAUACGCCUCGACUCUUUUGGAGGCCCGCGACAGAAUGA